AUGACGACGGCAACUGGAUUAUUCGUGCUUUUGAGCGUGGUAGCCUGUACAUUGGCAGAAAACCAAUCACAGUCAGCAUCCAACGUCGAGUGCAAGAGUGACACAGAUUGCAAACGUGGAUACUGCUGUGCAAUUGGUCAGCAACGUUACAGCUACCCACAGUGCCAGCCGUUGCGAGCGAAAGGUGACCUGUGUCGUCCAGGUGAGCCACUUCUGGUCAGUGGGCCAUUUUAUUAUCCAGACAUCACGGUGACAUUGAGCAACGUUCAUCUUACUUUAUGCCCAUGCGCUGACGAUCUCGUUUGUAGUAGAACUGACGGACAGUGUCACGUUGCUUAA